CAGAGCCCAGGGAGCCAUCAUCCCUGCCUGCCAGCCCUGCCUGCCAGCCCACAGCUCCCAGACUCGCUUUCCCUGGAGCCUGGAGACAGGCCCUGGGGCGCUGACACCUGUCCCUCUCUCUCUCUCUGAAUACGCUCCACGGGAGGGCAGGGUGGAGACCAUUCCCAUGGCGACCCAGGGAGAUCCCGCUUCCGAGGCUUCGGCUGCUGUCCGACUGGAAGGGGCAGCGCGCCACCGAGCAGCCGUGGACAGGAGGCAGACCGAGGGGCGGGCCCCGACCUGCGGAGCUUCCGACCGCUGCUGGGGGCACGAAGAGUGGGCGGCCACUUCCCACGUACCCAGCCGCGUCCUUCCCCCAGCAGCAGCCACGCAGGUGCAGCUUGGCCCUUGGGAAGGGCAGGGUGAGGGGAGAGGGGCUCAAGGAGAGAAGGAUGGGGUCCGGGCUCAGCCUGCCCGCUGGCCCUGCGCAGCAAGGCAAAGUCCAGGUGCAGCCUUCCAGGGCAGGCGAGCUGCCUACCAGAUAAGGGCCACACUUUGGACUCCUCGGCCAGACAGCGGGAGGGCGCCUGGGGUACCUGGGUCCCCCACUCCUCCUGGCCCGAAGUUCGAACCAGGCCGGGGCAGCAGCAUGGAGAAAGCCCGGAGAGGGCGGUGGGCACCGGCCUGCCUGCCGCGGCUGGGCCGCAUUUGUCCCCGUUACUCGCCAGGCGGGAAGGAGCGCGGGAAGUCGGCUCCCCCGGCUUCUCCGCUGUCCCCAGACCCGGUCACCGAGCGGUGCCCGCGGGCUGGGGCGGUGCCACCCGGGUCCCGCCCCGCUCAGCCGCCCCGCCAGCCCCGCCCCGCCAGGCGCCGGCCGGGUCCCCGGGCCUCCGGUCCCAGUCCCGGGCUGGGCAGCGGGGCUGGCAUCGCCGAAGCCGCCGCCGCGACGGGGUCCCCGGAGGACGUCGGGCGCCGGACACCUGCGCGGAGGUGA